AAUCUGAUACUUUCCCAUGAACACAAAAACAUAGCUAAUAAGGUGAUGGACCAAACUCUUUUUUUUAAUUCACUAAGCUGGAAAUAAGGUUACAGGAGUGUGCUGAUAGUGAACGUGUGGUGCAGCAGGCCAGUCUUGGCAGCAUGGUGAAGGUCCAGAAGUCAACUAGAAGGAAGAGCGCUCACUGUCAACGCAGACUAGAGAGUGUUGUUCAGGUAGAGAUGGAGGAGGGCCAGCUCCAGUCCAACACCCAGCCCUCACCACAGGAGGAGCCCCAGGGAGGAGGAGACCAGCCCUCUGUUGAAACCCAACAUGAGCCCUUGGACCAGGAGGAAACUCAGAUGGACGUCCAUGAAAAGGACGACUCUGUGUCCCAGCUCCAGGCCAAGCCUUUGUGGAAGCCCAUUCCCCCUCUGUUGCCAGAGUCCCAAAGGGGCCGCGCCACCGAGACCAGAGACCAGAUCUGCCAGACCGAGGAGCGGCUUCAGCAGACCAGUGCCGGCAGCCACGGUCAUAACACAGGUCUCUGUGUGGAGCCUGGAGAUCCUCCUCUGCUCCAGCAGCCUCUGCAGACCUCCAAGUCUGGGAUUCAGCAGAUAAUUGAAUGCUUCCGCUCAGGCACGAGCCAGCUGAAGCACAUGCUGCUGAGAGAAGUGGACACCAUCUUUGAGUGUAAACUGUGUCGCAGUCUGUUCCGAGGCCUGCCCAACCUCAUCACACACAAGGAGUAUUACUGCCUAUCACGGCUGCCUGAACCCGACGGUCCGUCUGGUGAGGACAGACAGAGCGUGGCCAUGAAGGAUUUAUUGGAGGCCAUAUAUCCCAGAGCCCCAGACUAUGUAGUCCGGCUGGAGCCCAUUCAGACCACUUCCAAGGCCGUGUUCCAGUACCUCACCACAGAGGAGGAGCUGGCUAGAUAUCCAUCCCACACACCCAGUGCCAGAGAGAGUCCGGUUGCUUGGGAAGGGGAAGCAGUGGAGGGUGUGGACAACAACCAGCCAGGAGGGCCGGAGAGCCACAGCAGCCCGGGACAGGGACAGAGGAGAUGGGAGGGUGAGGAGGAGGCUAAAGAGGAGCAGCCACAGCACGAAGACGAGGGCUCCACUAGUGGGGUUGAGGAUGUGACAAUCUCCUGCUGUUUGUGCGGUCAGGACUUUAACUCGCGGCGCAGCAUCAGGCGCCACUGCCGCAAAAUGCACCAGACCAAACUGGAAGAGCUUCGAAAGUUCACAGAGACACGUACAGUUCCCACGAGCCUGCUCUCUAUGGUUAAAGGUCGGCCAAGGACUCUCAGCACACCUACUGGAAAAUCCUGCCCAGUGUGCUUCAAAACCUUCGCGACCAAAGCCAACGUGCGCCGUCACUUUGACGAGGUGCAUCGUGGUCUACGGAGGGACACCAUCACACCCAGCAUCGCCUCGCGGCCCGGCCAGCCCUUCUCUCUGGAGGUCACACCGCCCAGAAAGAGCAACAACUCCUCCCCAACACGCAGCCAAAACCCCAAGCCCAACCCCGUGAACUCUAAACCAACGACCCCUAACCAGACCAAACCUCCGAGUCAGGCCCCGCCCACUCCACAGGCUGCCGCCGCCGCCUCAUGCCGCUGCACGCUCUGCAAGAGGAACUACAGCUCUCAGCUCAUGUUGAAGAGACACAUGCGUAUUGUCCACAAAAUAUACAGCGUGAAAAGUAACAGGUCUGCUCCCACGCCAGCCCCCACUCCUCCCACAGCCACUCCUAACAGUAGCAGCGCUCCCUUGGCCCCAACCAACAACAUCCGAGUGAAGGAGGAAGCGGUAGAACCUUCAGAAGAAGAAGAGGAGGAGGAGGACAUCGACAGCAGUCCGGCCCCGUCUCCUAGUGGCAGCACUGGGACAGCUAAAGUUGUUCCCGUGGUACCAAACACAUUGAAGGUGAAGGAAGAAGAGGCCCCGCCGAGCCCAAAGGUGACGCCAUCCUUACCUUCGUCCUCGUCGUCCUCCCGUAGCAACAUGUGCAGCGGCAACGUGGCCACCAAAAUGACCAAACUGUCAGUGGGCUUUGACUUCAAGCAGCUUUUCUGCAAACUGUGCAAGCGACAGUUCAGCUCACGUCAGAACUUGACAAAGCACAUCGAGCUGCACACGGACGGCAACGACAUCUUCAUUAAGUUCUACCGCUGCCCCCUCUGUCGCUACGAGUCACGUCGCAAACGAGACGUCCUGCGCCACGUGACCGUGGUGCACAAGAAGUCGUCGGCGUACCUCGCCAAGAUCAUGCCCAAACUGGAGAGCCGGGCGGUGAAGAGGUUAGCCGAGGUCGUCCUCAACAGCCCGACGCCCAGCAAGAGGACAAGCGGCAGCAUCAAAGAGGAAGUGAACGGACGUCACAUUUCUUCAUCAUCCUCCUCCACUCCUUCACCUCCUGUCACUCGCAAGCAAGAGUGCUCCACUGCUGCCUCGACCGCCUCGUCAGCCUCCUCCUCUUCCUCCUCAUUAGCCCCACCUCCCAUCACUCGGAAACAGCAGGACAUCUCAUCGCCAGCGUUCACCCCGUCGCCCCCCGUCACCCGCAAGCAGGAAAGACAGCAGACGCACCAGCCUCCUCGUCCCAUCAGCCCCCCUCUGACCCGCCGCAGCGAGAAACACACUCACCAACGCAACUUGUCCUCCACCUCCUCGCCCAGCAAUCAAACCCCACACACACGGCGGCACGACGCUCAGUCGGAGAGCAGCGGCACGGGGUCGUCGUCCUCCACUGAAGUCAGAGUGACCAAGAAUUUCUCCCUUCACGCCUGUGACCAGUGUGGACGCGCCUUUGCCAAGAAGCUGUACCUGGAGUCUCACAAGCGAAGUCACCGCAACGCAGCGACGGCAGCAGCCAGCAGGAGGAAAGGAGUCAGCACCCGCUCCAAAUCCCUGGUGUGGUGAAACAAACACACGUCCGCCUGGGAUAAUGGAGGAGCGAUCCUCUAACAAUGAAGAAAUCAAAACUUUGAAUUGGAAAGCAAUGGAGGAACGGAACGAGCACAGAUCGGAGAUGAAGGAAACAAACAAAAGGAACAAUGGAGCACAAAGAGGAGUGAAGUACAAAGGAUUUCCACCUUUUGCUUAAGAACCAAAUAUAUUGUUGGAAUCUGACAUUUUUUGUAUAGUUUCAUUAUGAAGCCUGCCAGCGAGCUGGACGGUGGCGCUGCUAUCCACAGAGAGACUGUAGCGAACAGAAGAGUCGCUACGACUGUAUAUAUCUCUAUUUACUUACACAAGUAUGUAAAUAUGGAUCCAUAUGCAGAUGGCUGAUUUGUACUGCUUAGCAAAAGGAUGAAGGUAGACUAUGGAGGUGUGCAUGUGUGCGUGUCUGUGUGUGUGAAUGUGUGUGAAAGACGGAGGGAAUCAAAACUGGAUCGUGAAGUCCACAGAAAAUAGACUGGAAACUUAAUUGUUGAUUUUUUUUUUCUUUUCUUUUUUCCUUUGAGAGAAAGUAUAAUUUUCUAUGACCUUGCAGUCCCACACCGAACAUAUUUGGGUCCUUGGCUAUUAGCAUUUGAUCACUUUUCUGUAUAUUUAACACCUUAUGAAUUGUUUUAAAUUAGAGACAUUCAAGCCCACUUGCUCAACAUUAUAACAAAUCAAUACCCAAAAUGUUCCCCCUGUAUAUCUUCUAAUCUUAAGGCUAGCUGCACCCCUCAGAGUUGAAAAUUACCUUUAUUUUCCGAUAUAAAUGUUGCUGCUGAGUAGGGAUGGGAAUCGAUAAGAUUUUAUUGAUGUCGGUGCCAUUAUCAAUUCUGCCCAUUGGUCCAAUUCUUCAUCAAGUCCCUUAUUGAUUCCAAAUCAAUUUUCGGUGUGGAAAAAACUAGGCUGACACAGGUUCUCAGCAUCAGUGCAACUGUUUUAUUACCUCUUUGAGUCUGAACGCAAUGUAGAUGAAAUGAGAGAUUUCGUUUUCAGUUAUGUUUUCUUGAAAGACAAGUUAAAAAUAAAGAAAGCAGUGUUACUCAUGCAUAGAGUGUCAGAUAUAUGGCAUUCCUGGACUUUAAGCCCAUGCUGCGUAGAAACAUGUUUCAGCAUAUUGCUGGUGUUUCCAUCCUUACUUGAAAUUUUAUGAAUUAUAAUUUUACAGACAUUGCAAGCAGCACUGUUAUCUUUUGUCAUGAAAUUAAGCCCACUUGGGACUGUUUAUUUCCAAUUCUUCUUUUUUGUUGUUGUUGCAAGUUAGACAUAUGAGUUUGAAAUCAUUGUUUCAUAAUGUGCAGCUGUCGAAAAAUAUGCCGGCAUCAAUUUUUUUUUUUUUUUCAACUGAAACCAGUUUUCAAUUCCCAUCUCUAUUCCUGAGAAGCAAACAGAUCACAGAUCACACUUCCAGUCAUAUUAUUCUUCUUGUUAUCAGUCUGUAGUCUGAUCUGCUUUGCAGUGACCAACGGCAGCUGGAGUGAAUUUUCCAUUAAUUCCAGGGUGUGGUCAAAGUAAUGGAAACCCUUUUCAGUUUUCUUUGAAAAUAGUGUGUGUGCUUUAAAAAAAUCCUCUGUAUAGAGGUCAGAUUUGUUUUCCUACACAUCACUGGUAUGAUCUGCCUUUUUUGUUUGACUGCAUGUGUGAAAAACAUUUGUAAAAGGUGUUUCCUUUACUUUGACAUCACCCUGUUUUAUCUCAACAUAUUAGCCGACUUAUUCAUUCCAGUAAUAGCCUGCGUGUAAAAAAAAAAAACAUCAGGCAGUAAGUCAUCAGUAUCAGCAAACGGAGGGAGUUAUGUUCUAAAAUGAGGCAAACGCUUAGGAGAAAAACGUGACACUGAAUCCCUCAAAUGUCACUAAAUAUGAUGACUUGAAAUAAUCCAGAGUGAUACAAUUAUGAUUUAACAUUUUUACAUGUGCUUAACAAAUUAAAUCAAAUUCAUUUUCUUCCAAAUAUGAACUGUUUUUUAACUUAACAGCUCUGUUGGAAUGUUGCUACCGUGGGGGGAAACAUUCAAAUGAUGAUCAAAUUAACACCUUGUUACGACCUACUCUGCAAAUCACUAGUGUUAAUGUGUGAGAAUGUGAUUUACAGUGGGACUGCACAUAUUAUUAACAAGUAAGUUGGUGUUUUUGGGGUUGUUUUUUGCAGACAGGUUGCCUUUGGCGUAACAGUAACAGCCACAAUGCAUUAGAUAUCAGAAACUGGAAUCAAUUAUUUUCCGUGUUUAGUGAAAUAUCAUUGAGCACCCUUGUCUUGAGCAGAAAGCUGACCCGUGAUGAUGUGUGGUUAAUAAGCAGGUUUGAAUGGACACCAACUGUUUGUGGUGCUAAUCCUGAUUUGUGAUGGAGCUGUAAACAUUGGAGAGAGAAAAAGAAAGCUACAUGAAAGCAAAACAGUUCUAUUCUCUGAACUUAGAAGUUUACAUUAAACUUUUUGUUCCAUUAAAAAAUAUGCUAAGACUCAUUUAGGGCUGGGUAUCGCUUAAUUCCAGUACCGUUACAUUCAUUUGAUACCUUUUCUUUCUACUUCAGUUAAUGUCCAACAUGUGAUUGGAAGCAGUUGCAUAAAAUGCCACCAACACUUUCACACAAAUACAUUUUACGCUGAACUGCCAACUCUGUCAAAAACACUGAGCUCAAUUCACCACAUGACAGACUGUACAGGUUGUAGCUGCUGCAGGAACGGGCCAAUUACACGUUGCGUUACACCGAAGAACGCUUCUGUGAUUGGCUGUAAGCAAAACCAUACAAAAAGUCAUUUUCUACAAUUUUUUUCUACAAAAAAGGAUCAAAUACAGGUAUCAUUUGACUGGAGAAGUUUGGAUACUACUUGGGUCAGGUACUGAUACCCGACCUUAGACUCAUUCAGAUAAUCUUUGUGAAUUUUCUUUUGUACUUAAGGGGGCUGCAUGUCAGCAACAGGUACCCCGAGGUAGUCUUUGAAACACUGUCUGGCACAUGAGUUGGGAGGAGAGUGACUUCGGAAGACCAAAUGUAGAUAUGUCUUAAUGUUCAAACAGAAAGCCAUGAAAUGGAACAAAACCAGAUAAACGGAAAGACCAAACUUUAUUUUUAUAAGUGAAAACGAUACCGCGACAAAGUCUGGAGAACAUGUAUAUAUGGAUUCAUCCUCCACGGAUGGUAUAAAUAAUAGUUAUAUUAGUCACAAUAGUUAUUGACUUGUACUUAACUGUUGGUUGACCAUACGCUUCAAACCUGUCCGACUAGUUAUUACUCUGUCACUGUUUAAUGCUGAGGCAAGUUUGCGUUGUUCCAAGAUUAGUUUUUUUUAAAUCUCAUUCCUUUUUGAAGGAGGUUUUUGUUGAAAUAUGUCAAGAAGAGACUCAAACCUCAAGAGACUCUCUUUUUUUGUUUAAAAUCUUGUCAUUUAUUUCCUCAUCAGCUGUAAUAUGUUAUUAAGCUCACCUUCUAGAGAACUUGAGAAGAGUUAGACGCCUUUCAGAUGUGACAAGAAUGUUAAAACCAACCACUUAAUAAAUAAAAAUGUACUGCUUCAAACCUCA